CCAUAAGUUCACAUUCCACAGGUUCCACCAUAGCUUCAAAAUCUUAGUUCCAAACACAAAAAUAAUAAUGUUAGCCGAGGAGAAAGGCUAUGGGAGUAGUUUAGAUUUGGACGUCAACAAGUGGGCCCGCGUGUGCGACGUCUGCCGCUCGGCCACGUGCACCGUCUACUGCCGCACCGACUCGGCCUACCUCUGCGGCGGCUGCGACGCCCACAUCCACCGCACUGCCGCCGCCACCGCCCACGAGCGCGUCUGGGUCUGCGAGGCCUGCGAGCGCGCGCCCGCCGCCUUCCUCUGCAAGGCCGACGCCGCCUCGCUCUGCGCCGCCUGCGACGCCGACGUCCACUCCGCCAACCCCUUAGCCCGCCGCCACCACCGCGUCCCAAUUCUCCCCAUCUACGGCCCUCCGCCGGCCACCGCCGGCGUCGCCUCCGUCAUGAUCCGACCCGCCGCCGGCGACACGCCGGACGACGACGAAUUCUUGACCCACGACGCCGGUGAAACCGCCAUAGACGAAGACGACGAAGACGAAGCGGCUUCUUGGCUGCUACUUAACCCCACACCAGCAAAGAACAACGACAACAUCAAUCAAGAACGAGGGAAUAACAACAUAAAAGAAGAAAGUGAGAACGCUUGCAUAGAACUUCUGGAGUAUAGCUCAUGCCAAGAAAACCAGUUCAACGAUCAUCACUAUAGCUUAAACCAGCCGCACCAUUACUCUGUCCUGGAGAAGAAUAUGAGCUAUGGAGGGGAUAGCGUCGUCCCCAACAAAUCCCACCUCCAGUAUUAUCACACCCACAACCAAACCCACCAUGGAAGCUUUCAGCUUCAGGGAAUGGAAUAUGAAACCUCCACCCCCGGGUACGGCUACCCAGCAUUCAGUCACAGCGUUUCGGUGUCCUCGAUGGAUGUUGGAGUUGUUCCGGAGUCAACUACAAGCGAUGUUUCGAUCUCGCAUUCAAGGCCGCCAAAGGGCACCAUUGAUCUCUUCUCCGGUCCUCCAGUUCCGAUGCCAUCGCAGCUGGCUCCGAUGGACAGGGAAGCCAGAGUUUUGAGGUACAGGGAGAAGAAGAAGACGCGCAAGUUCGAGAAGACAAUAAGGUACGCAUCGAGAAAGGCGUACGCGGAAACCAGGCCGAGGAUUAAAGGCCGGUUCGCGAAGAGAACAGACGCAGAAGGGGAAGUUGAUCAGAUGUUCUUCACCCCAUCAAUGGCGGAAAGUGGAUAUGGCAUUGUUCCAUUGUUGUGAAUCCAGGAAAUUAAAUUAAAGCUAUUAAUUACUUUUUUGUUGUAUUAGAGUUAUUACUUUUACUACUGUCUUUUCAUCAUUGAUGUAGCUUAGCUAGCUAUGGAGUGUAUAUGAAUAAUGAGAUGCAAUUGGGAGUUAUUCAAUUUUCUAUCUUUUGUUGUAAAUACUUGCAGACACAUGUAUUCAUUAUACUCUGAGUAAAUCAAGUUAUUGGUGACAGGUUUUCUA